ACCGGCUUUUAAAAAAUUUUAAAUUUUCUGUCAAUGUGUAUAAAGUUUGAAACUUGAAUCUACAAACAGUUGAUUUUCCAGAGCAUUGAUUCCUCUGAGUUGUUCUCUGUUUUUCCUCUUAUUCUCAUUCUCUGAGAUUCGGCGUUCCAUUCUGAACGGUUUGUUCUUGUGAAUUGCCUCUCUUGUAGCUCUGAUUCUGUUUGGGAAUUCAGUUGAAGUUCUUCGUGGUUCGUUUGUUUUAUGGGAUGGAGAGAACAAGCUAUUGCAGCGGUGGCGGAGGUGGUGUGGGGAACUACGGGUACGAAAACGGCGUGGUGAUGACUAGAGAUCCGAAGCCGAGGCUGAGAUGGACUGCUGAUCUUCACGAUCGAUUCGUCGAUGCCGUCACUAAACUUGGCGGACCUGAUAAAGCAACUCCCAAGUCAGUGCUGAGGGUGAUGGGUUUAAAGGGCUUGACAUUGUACCAUUUGAAGAGCCAUUUACAGAAGUACAGGUUGGGACAGCAAUCACGAAAGCAAAGUAAUUCAGAACAAAACAAGGAUAACGGUGGAAGUUCAUAUGUACAGUUCAGUAAUCAUUCUUCAGGGGCCGUUACCAAUUUAUCAAGAGGUGAUAAUGCACAAGGAGAAAUCCAAAUUUCAGAUGCACUUCAGACUCAGCUUGAAGCACAAAAGAGAUUGCACGAACAACUUGAGGUUCAACAGAAACUACAGAUGAGAAUAGAAGCUCAAGGAAAGUACUUGCAAGCAAUACUAGAGAAAGCCCAGAAGAGCUUCUCUCUUGAUGUUAACUGUUGUGGCAAUACAGAAGAAACUAGAGCACAGUUAACAAACUUCAAUAUGACUUUGUCCACUUUCUUGGAUAACAUGAAUGAAGAUAACAAAUCUAACGUAGUACAGAUGAAUGACGUUUUCAAGAAGGUCAAUAUUGGAUCAGAGUUCCAAAAUUAUAGAAUGGGAGAAGGAGCAGGAAACAAAGAUGAACAUAAGAUUAAGGUUGAAGCUGCUGAUUCAAUAAAUUUUGACCUAAACACCAAAGGAAGCUUUGACUUCCUCGCUGGAAAUGCAAACGAGUACGAACCAAAUAUGCUUUCAUAUAAGAGACGACAUUCAUAAGCAAAUGUUCUUUUUCUUGUUCUACAUAUGUUUACAAAUGAAUUUGUUUAUCAUAUGUUUGUAUGUAGUUAAUACUUGAUCUUUUUAAUGAUAGAUAUUUCUUCAUAGAGAAUUUGAAGGUCCUACUUUAAAAGGAUGGUUUUGAAUUUUUACCAUUGACCAUUGUAUUGCACCCAACAUUGAACAAAUGACUUAAUUGAUG